UUAUUCUUUUCCAUUUUCAAACCCCUUUCCUAAAAUUUCCAUCCCCAAAAACAACCAACCAACCACCCUCAAAUACAAAAACUCCCCUCAAAAUCCACCAAAUUAACAACAUUCAAAAAGAGCAACACAAAUUAAACAAACCCCAUGCUCCUCUCCUCCCCUCUCUUGCUCUAAAGAGAGCCUCCCCUUCACAAAACCAAGAAGAAUGCCGCCGUCGAGAAUCUCGCUUCUCUUCGGGGCAUUCUUCUUCUUCCUGAUCUCCUCUUCCCUCUCCCAAGACUCUGACACCAUCGAAUCCCCGCCCCCACCCGGGCUCGACACGUGCGAUGGGGUCUACAUCUCCUACACGUUCAACGGGCGAACCAAGGAGUACCCGCACGUCAAGAAUGCGUCGGCCCAAGCCUACGCGUUCAAGGCGAGCGCGACUGUUCUAAACGCGAUGACGACCGAGCUCAAAGCAUGGAGGCUUUUUGUAGGUUUUCAGCAUAAAGAGAUUCUUAUUUCGGCGGGAAACGCGGUCGUGGUUGAUGGAUCGGAUUUUCCGGUGAACGCUGAGAAUGGGACUACUUUCAUGGGGUAUCCGCAGAUGGAUUUGCCGAGCUCGAUUGACGUUGCUGGGGAUUUGAAUCAGAUUCAGGUGCAGAUUGACAUUGUUGGGACUCAGUUUGGGCUCAAGGGGAAUGCUGUGCCUAUGCCUAAAAAGCUUGAGCUGGUUAAUGACGGGUUUAAGUGUCCAAAGGCUACUAACAAAGGUGGAUUCAUGAGCGCAUGCUGCAUCAGAGACCCAAAAAUCAAAAAGAAGAAGGUCCCACCCGUAAAAUUCCUCCCCCGCCAGUUCGGCGACCUGAAUAUGAUGUACGACGUCCUGACAACCUACGGCAACAACUAUCAGGCCCAAGUGACUAUCGACAAUCUCAGCCCCCUCAGCCGCCUCGACAACUGGAACCUCACCUGGGAGUGGAUGCGCGGCGAGUUCAUCAACUCCAUGCGAGGCGCUUACACCUUCAAAAAGGACGGAUCUGAUUGUCUCUACGGCGAGCAAGGCAAGUAUUACACGGAUUUCGAUUUCUCAAACAUCAUGAACUGCGAGCGAAAGCCUGUAAUUACCGAUUUGCCACCGGAGAAGGAGAAGGAUGACAAGAUGGGGAAUUUGCCAAACUGUUGCAAGAACGGGACGCUGUUGCCGCCUGUGAUGAGUGCGAAUACAAGCUUGUCACAGUCGAUAUUUCAGUUGAACGUGUUCAAGAUACCGCCAGAUAUGAAUAGAACUGCGCUGUCACCGCCGCAGAACUGGAAGAUUAACGGGGUGUUGAACCCGCAUUACACAUGUGGGCCUCCGCGGAGGGUUAGCCCGACAGAGUUUCCUGAUCCGAGUGGGUUGUUGUCGCAUUCUUACGCCAUCGCUAGCUGGCAGAUAGUAUGCAACAUAACCAGUCCCAAAGCGAAGAAAUCGGGCUGUUGUGUAUCUUUCUCAGCCUUCUUCAAUGAAUCUGCAGUCCCAUGCAGUACUUGUGCCUGUGGGUGCUCUGAAGAAGAUACCUGCAAUCAGAACGCAAGGUCUCUUCUAAUCCCUGCAAACGCUCUCUUGAUUCCCGCUGGGAACCGGACAAAGAAGGCAAAGGCUUGGGCUGAGCUCAAACACCUCGACUUCCCUAAGAAACAACCUUGUCCUGAUAAUUGCGGCGUUAGUAUCAACUGGCACAUCCAAGCUGAUUAUCGUAAAGGAUGGUCAGCAAGGAUUACUCUCUUCAACUGGGGAGACUACACAUUCAAGGACUGGUUCACUGCUGUAAGAAUCCCAAAGGCUUACGAUGGCUACGAAAACGUCUACUCAUUCAACGGAACAAAACUGCCCAAAAUCCAUAAAACCCUAUUUUUCCAUGGGCUGCCGGGCCUUGACUAUCUCAUGCCAGAGGUUGACGGAGAAGACAGUAAGCCAAAAUCAGAGUUCAGGGUUCCCGGUAAACAACAGACCGUGAUAUCUUUUACAAAGAAAGAGACACCGGGGAUUGAUAUUUCGAAGGGGGAUGGAUUUCCUACCAAGGUCUAUUUCAAUGGAGAGGAGUGUGCAUUGCCAGAUCGUUUACCGGUAAAAUCUGGAGCUUUGAGUAGGGCAAAGGUUAGGUUUCUGCUGCCGGUGACGGUUACGGCGGUUGUGUUGUUUCUGUUGAGCUUGUAGCAUGUCAUAUAACAUGUACAUUUGAAGUAUUAUGAGCAAAGAGAAUGAUACGUCAAAUCUUCAUAUAAUUUACUAAUGAUUAUUAGAA